GUUAAUGGACACCCUUUUUCAGUUUUCAAGUAUCAGUAGUUAAUACUGUAAACAUUGAAGUCGACUUGCUAGUCGCUUUAAAAUGGUUGGUUCUGGUUUUUAUGCCCGUGAUUUUCUAGUGAAGCAUAAUGUAAACAUACAACCGGCUCAGGAUCUUUUUAGUGGAGGAAAGCAGUUUGUAGAGUAAAGCAAGGUUCUUCAAAGAUUUUCUUCUUAGGCUUGAAGAGUGGAUUUGUAGAAAAAACACACACCUUCAUGUAACCUUCCAAGCCAAGCCAUAUUCCACAAAAAAAACCCACCAUUUCUGUUACUAAUUCCCAGAUGUAUAUUAAUACUUAUGUAUUCACUUAAAUUAUGUAAAUCAAUUAGUCUUUACAAGUUGAAAUCUUACUACUAUAAUAAUGGAGAACACCUUAUUGGUUGCAUUUGUAGGUUUCCUCUUACUGGUUCAAUAUACUCUUGGACAUGGUUCAUCUUAUGAUAAUGAAGCUCUUGAUGACCUCAAGGACUUUGAUGGAGAAGGAGAAGAUAUUCAACUCAAUGACUUCCCUUCGUGGGAAAGUGCAAGAGGUAGCAAAGUUCUUGUUAAUGUUGACUCUUUUGGGGCGGUUGGAGACGGAGUUUCUGAUGAUACUCGGGCUUUUAUAAGCGCAUGGAACCUGUCUUGCUCAACACCAAGAUCAGUCUUCAUGGUUCCUGCAGAACGCAAGUAUUUAGUUAAUGCAACGCGAUUUAGGGGCCCUUGUGCUAAAAGGUUUAUUGUUCAGAUAGAUGGAACAAUUGUGGCACCGGAUGAUCCAAAAAAGUGGGACCCAAAGUUCCCAAGAACGUGGCUUCAGUUUUCGAAUCUAACCGGAGUCUUGUUCCAAGGUAGUGGAGUAAUAGAUGGUUCUGGUAGCAAUUGGUGGAUAGCAUCUUGCAAGCGGAACAAGACUAAUCCAUGCAAAGGAGCCCCAACUGCGCUAACAAUAGAUUCAAGUUCCUCCAUAAAGGUGAAGGGUCUUAAGUUGCAAAACAGCCAACAAAUGCAUUUUGUGGUGUCCCGAUGUAACUCUGUGCGUUUAUCAGGCAUCGAAGUUUUUGCUCCGGGAGAUAGUCCUAACACAGAUGGAAUCCAUAUCACUGCAUCAACCAAUGUUAUAAUGCAGAACUGCAAGAUUGGAACUGGUGAUGAUUGCAUCUCAAUUGUUAAUGGAAGUUCAAAUAUCAUGAUGAAGAGUAUUUACUGUGGACCUGGUCAUGGGAUAAGCAUUGGAAGCCUGGGAAAGAACAAUACCAUAGGCAUAGUAACAAAUGUGGUGUUGGACACGGCUUUUCUAAGAGAAACUACCAAUGGUCUCAGAAUCAAGACAUGGCAGGGAGGGUCUGGCUUCGUCCGGUCCAUACGCUAUCAGAAUGUCAGGAUGGAAAACGUCGCCAAUCCCAUUAUUAUUGACCAAUUCUAUUGCGACUCCCCAAAAGCUUGCCAAAACAAGACAUCUGCUGUGGAGAUAAGUCAAAUACUGUAUCGUAACAUUAGCGGGACAUCAAAGAAUGAAAAAGCUAUGAAAUUCGCUUGCAGUGACUCAAUCCCAUGCCAACAUAUUGUCUUAAACAACAUUAACUUGCAGAGCAAAGAUGUCACUGUCAAAACCUACUGCAACUCGGCCACAGGAUUUAGCUAUGGAUAUGUCCAACCUUCCGUGGAAUGCUUAUCUUCUUCCGACAAGGCACAUCCACUAGAAGUCACUAAGCUUGCAAAACUCAGCUCGGAAGAUUUCUCACAUACCGAACUUUGAUGCAUCAUUCUGUUUUUAUAUAUUUUCAACAUUUGGCCACCGGUAAUAGGAAGGAGUUCUAAGCUCAGAAAGAAAAUAACACAUAUGAUUGAUUAUAUACACAGCUAGAAACCAAAUUUAUAACCAAACCCAUAGGGUUUGU